AUGGCGUCAAAAAGUCCCCCGGGCGGAGAUGGUCCUCUCUCGUUUGCAAAGAUUGCCGCUAUGCCAGCACCACCCAACCAACAAGCUUCCUCGGUAUCUAGUGAGAACGAAAUAUGCCAGUCAGAAGAACAGUCACCUUGCUCGGAAACAAAUGGCUCCGGGGCAGCCUUAUCUAGCCAGCACAAUCUCGAUAAAACACCGGAGGCUCAUUCCAUCGAUCUAGCUGUCGAUGAUCUUGGUAGAGGCGUGCAAGAUAUCAGUCUCGCCCUGAAGAAACAAAACGAUGGCUCAGAGUCAUUCCUUGGUGGUCAAAAUAAUAAGGGCUUGCUCAAGCGGGAGAACUCUUUUGAAGAUGAUCGCACUCAUCUAUCUACUUCGUCCACAAAAAUGACCAGUUUUGAUUCCAAAAGUCUUGCCUCAGUGACUACUUUCGCGAUGGAUGAAAAGGAUUCUGUACGUCCCGAUGACAGUGCUAGUGUUCAAGCCAUUGAUGAAGAGGAGUCGCUUUCCGGACAUGCUUCUGGGACUGCAAACUCCGUGGCAGGCUCUGAGGCUGGCAGUCGCGUAUUUCGCGACCAGUACCGAGAUGGUGUUCCUACACGGCCACGCGGGAUUCUGCCUGUACCUCCUCUCUUCAACGGUGCUCAACCAGUGAAUGGCGCAAUUCCUCUAGAUGCAGUCGCGAACAAUUUUGUGAUUCCAGCCAAUUCUGAUGGCAUUGAAGAUGCUCAGAACUUGCAUGGCUUUCCUUUAGAGCCGGACGAAAAGCUCUUGGAGGCAAUGAAGUCACCAAAAGAUCGGCUCCUGAUUCUUCAGCUGGAGGAAAAAAUCCGGUAUUUUAUCAAGGACUGUAAUGGGCAGUCUCUAGAAUUGCCUCCCUCAAACGCCUUUGGACGACUUCUUGCCCACAAGCUAGGAGACUACUAUCAUUUAACACACUUCGUCGACAAUAAUGUGACCUCAGUCAGGCUCCAUCGAACACCAUUUUGCCGGCUACCCACUCCUUUGUCUGCUGUGCAUGCUGCUUGCAAUAGCACUCCGCCUCCAGCUGUUCCAGCGAUGAAAAUCAUGCGUCGAAACGAUGGGGGACAGUUUGAAGGAAGUAUCGGUGGCUCCACGAACCCUUCCAAGGCUAAUUCGGAGGCUGGUGAUAGUGGAUUCGAUGGAGAACGCCAUGGGUCUUCAUCUGGCGCUACGCCUGCCAAAGAUCGAAUGGCAUUGACAAGGGAGGAACGGGAAGCGAAAUACCAUGAAGUACGUGAACGAAUCUUCCGUGAUUUCCCUGAUUCGGCCAAAUCGGACCCGGCCAGCGGCGACUCAAAUCCCAACAUGUCGCGCUCCAGCUCCGCGAACGGCCGCAAGAAGAAUCAGAGGCAGCGGACUCCUCAUGAUGACAGUUUUGAGGUUCGCUCGCAGUUUAAUGCCUAUUACCCAGGAACGCAGUACGGGAAUGGUCCUGCUCCGUACAAUGCUCCUGUCAAUGACAGCUCCUAUCCAAGUCAAGUACCUUACUUGGUCGGACCUGGCGUGCCGCCACCCACUGGUGGUUAUUUACCAUCUGGUCAAAAUGGUUCUUUCCACUCGGGACAAAUGAAUAUGAACAUGAAUGGUGUCUCCCAGUACUCGGUGGCAAUGCCGCCCCAGAUGGCCUCCAAUGGCUCGUGGCAAGGAGGAAACAUAACCCAGCAGUCUCCAUAUUCCGGUUAUGCUUCAAUGAACCAGCAAGGAAUUAUGAAUCAGCCAUCCUCGAAUUCAUCCUCGCCGGCAAUGAACAACUACGCCGUGCCCAAUCCCACCACAUACCAACCACAGAACACCAGUUGGAACUCACCUCCAUUCCCCACAAACUUUCAGCCGCCUCCACAUCAGCGAAAUGGACCGCCUGUCCAUUGGCCCAACUAUCCCCAGCAGUCAAUCGCUUCCAAUAUGCCGUCUAAUAUGGCCCCCAACAUGCCACCUAACGUGAACUCUAACAUGAACUCCAACAUGAAUGGAUAUCCUUGUUUUCCUGGGCAGCAUUUGAAUUCCGCUCUCCAAAGCUCCGCUGGAUCCCAUGCAGCAAUGCAAGCAAACUAUGCCAGGUCACACUUCAACCCGCAGACACGCUCAUUCAUCCCUGGAGGUGGUUCUCUCAGUCGCCACCCGAACAAAGGCCAGCACACAAUGCAGCCUUAUGGUAAUAUGCAACCUGGUUCGCAGCCACAGUGGAAUGGGUAUCCCGACCCCGUUCCUACCCGUACCAUAGACUCAACCCCAGCUAUGAUUCCCAAUCGAAUCCCCACUGGUCCUCGGGAUUCCAUUGCCAAGUGGGGCACGCCGUCUCAUCUUCCGCCAAAACCCCCACCAUCCGAAGUCCCCUCCGACUUUGAGCUGAAGAAUCGCCCUGUUCCAUCCUCGGUCCCUGCAGCAACAUAUGGCAGCAACGGAGUUCCCACUGUUGGCAGUGGGCCUCUUGUGAUCUCGGGAGGCACGACACUCCCCAAACAAAACUAA